CAGUUAACACUUAUUGGUCCACCUUGCAGUCAGCAGCGGCUCUCUUGCGCGACUAGGUAUGCGGCUGCUUCUUCUGCUGCUCCUGCGGAUUUGCCUGGCGCAGCCCAGAGUGGAGCAGGAUUUCGAGGCGCAGGAGCCGCCCGACAACCCCAACGCAGAUGCCUUGGAGGCGGCCCAAGAUGAUGCAGUGCAUGGCGGCUUGGUGGAUGAAUGGGACAAGCACAUGGAGGGCUUCACGCCCGAGCUGCUGCUUACCUUUCCCCUGCCGGGCCGAAGCGAUGAGUUCUUUUACGAGGACAUCCCCGAGAACAGCCCGCCCGUCCUCAUCCGCGGAGGCUUUUUUGCCUCUGCCUCGGAGGAGACCUCCACGGUAGAGUUUAGCAUCCACGAUCCCAAAGGAAAGGUGAUCUUCGAAAAGAAGGAUCAGGCAGAAGGAUUGUUCCACUUCAUAGCCAAACGAAGCGGCACCUACACCUUCAUCGUCAGCAAUCACCGAUGGAUGGAGGAGAAGAUGGUGACCUUUGCUGUGGGAAAGGGAAACGAGACCCAUCUGCAGCCGCAGCAUUUGACAACCAUGGAGGACCACAUCAAGUCAAUCGAAAAGACUCUGGUUGACAUCCAGACCGAGUCCACAUAUUUAUGGAUCCGACAAAAAUCUCAUAUGAAGGCGGUGGAGAAUAUCCACACACGCGUGCUCUCGUUUUGCGUGGUCGAGUUCUUGAUCUUGAUCGGUGUGUCUGGCUUUCAGGUCUAUUACAUCAAAGGCCUCCUCUCAGAUCGCAGACUGCUGUAGCCAAAGGAAUUGAUAAUGACAGAUUCAA